GCGGGGGCCGGCCCUGUCUGCGCCUCGCUGUCUUCGGAGCUGGCAGACGCUCGGGGGAACAUGGCGGCGGCGGAGCUGGCUGUCCCGGCGCUCCCCCAUAGCGGCGGCGCGGGCGCGGGGGCGCCGUCGGGCACGGUCCCCGUGCUCUUCUGCUUCUCGGUCUUUGCGCGGCCCUCGUCCGUGCCGCACGGCGCGGGCUACGAGCUGCUCAUCCAGAAGUUCCUCAGCCUGUACGGCGACCAGAUUGACAUGCACCGCAAAUUCGUGGUGCAGCUCUUCGCCGAGGAGUGGGGCCAGUACGUGGACCUGCCCAAGGGCUUCGCGGUGAGCGAGCGCUGCAAGGUCCGCCUCGUGCCGCUUCAGAUCCAGCUCACCACCCUGGGAAAUCUUACACCUUCAAGCACUGUGUUUUUCUGCUGUGAUAUGCAGGAACGAUUCAGACCAGCCAUCAAAUAUUUCGGGGAUAUUAUUAGUGUGGGACAAAGAUUGUUACAAGGGGCCCGAAUGUUAGGAAUUCCAGUUAUUGUAACAGAACAGUACCCUAAAGGUCUUGGAAGCACCGUUCAAGAAAUUGACCUAACAGGUGUAAAACUCGUCCUUCCAAAGACCAAGUUUUCAAUGGUAAUACCAGAAGUAGAAGCAGCAUUAGCCGAGAUUCCUGGAGUCCGGAGUGUUGUAUUAUUUGGAGUAGAAACUCAUGUGUGUAUCCAGCAAACAGCUCUGGAGCUAGUUGGCCGAGGUAUUGAGGUUCAUAUUGUUGCUGAUGCCACCUCAUCGAGAAGCAUGAUGGAUCGGAUGUUUGCUCUUGAGCGUCUUGCUCGAACCGGGAUCAUAGUGACCACGAGUGAGGCUGUUCUGCUACAGUUGGUGGCAGAUAAAGACCAUCCAAAAUUCAAGGAGAUUCAGAAUUUAAUUAAGGCAAGUGCUCCAGAGUCAGGCCUGCUUUCCAAAGUAUAAGGACAUUUGAAGGACUGGUAUGGUACUCACCAUCAGGUGACAGGACUGUAAGCCCAGACAAGCUCUUGUCUCUACUAGAAUUAAAAUGUUAAAGUCAAAACUUGGCUCCUUUUUUGCGCCUCUUAGUCAGACAUAACCAAUUAGACCAUUUGGGUACCAGCAUUUAGUUACAAAUGUCAAAGGCUUCAGGUGCUGCCUAUCUUCUUUUUUUUUGUUAAUGUGCUUUUAUUUAUUAAAAAAAUUAUAAUGGAGGUGUUUGUUUUGUGUAUACUGUAUCCACUGGUCAUUUUUUAAAGUGAAUACUCUCGUGAUGUUUUCUUUUAAAUUGUGCACUGUAAAAAAAAAAAAUGUACCGGUAACGGUUUGACUUUCGUAGUAUUGUUAAGAUGCCUGUUGUAGUAUGGACUCUGCUUUUACUUUAGCGAGUAGAUUGAAAUAGGAUUAUUAGGUGAGAAUUUCAAACAGGCCUAUGGAUCAUGCUACCUUUUCCUUCACAGUGCAGUCAACUACUUGAGUGAGUUGCGCUGAUCUAACCAAACAAAUGUAUAUUGAAUAAUUAUGUCUUUAUUGAUGUUGCUAAUUUUCUUAUUCUAGUUGCAAUCACUCAUUCUCUGUUAAUGUUCUCUCUCUUUUUUUAGCAGAAUCUUUUACUUAGAAAUACUCAUUGGGCCAUUCUUUGUUUUAAUUUUGCAAACAAUGGUUUGCAAUGUUAUAAAAUUAGUGGAGAGCUGUUUUAAAUUUUUGACUUUGGCCGAAUGUGUUUGCAACAGUGUUUGAAUACAUCUUCUAAUAUGCACCAGAUUUAGCAAAGAGUUACAGGUUGGAUAAAAUGGAGUUUUCAAAGUCCAUAUUCUUAUUUGGUGUUUUCUCUACCUAUCCUCCAGAUAUUAUAGUUAAUGCAAAGGCUUGAGUCAUGAUUUGGUCGUGUUAAUUUUGUAGUCAUUGCUACCCUUCAAUAAAUUUAUUUUCUUUAAAAACUUAUAAGACGGUUCUAAAACUUUUUUUUAUAUUAUGUGAAAUAUGGAACAUUGCUGUCUUUUAUAUUAAAGUAAUU